AUGUCGACAAAUUCGUCCAACGUGCUGUUCGAUGACAUCUUCACGAUCAGCGGCAUAGACAAGGAGGGCAAGAAAUUUGACCGAGUGUCGCGUCUAUACGCGCACUCCAAAAACUACGACAUGGACCUGACGCUUGACUACAACGUGGAGCUGUUCCCUUUGCACGACAAGCAGACCUUCGCGCUCGCGCUCGCGUCGUCGCUGUCGCGCGCACCACAAGCGGCGGGGGCGGAGGAUGAAGACAAGGACAGGGACGUGUGGAGACCGGAUGCGAAGGGACGGAGAGGGCUGGAUGAUGACUACGAGUAUGUGAUGUACGGGAAGGUGUACCGAUUUGACGAGGGCUCAGCAGAGGAUGUGACGGCAUACGCGUCCUUCGGUGGCCUGUUGAUGUCCCUCAGUGGUUCGUCCAGACAUAUGACGAGCAUUGUGCUUGGGGACCCUGUAUUCAUCCUACUUCGCCGGUGA